AUGUCGAACUAUACAAUGAUUAUGAUUAUUGCCAUUGUUUUGGCGCUCACAGCCACCGUCGAUUGCCAAUGGUUCGGUGGCUGGUCCCGUCCAGCAUGGGGAUAUAACUCCCAAGGUAAGAAAUCACCUAAAAAUUCUAGAUUUUCUACAAUGAAUUAUAUAUAUUAGAAUAGGUUCUUUCCGAAUUUUUAGAAAAAGCCUGAAGUUUUUCGCGAUUUUCCAGGCGAAACUACUACAAUCGUGCCAGUCGUAGCUAGUUCAGUAUCUUCUAUACAAGUUAAGUAAACUUGCUUUUCCGUAGAAAAAAAUAAUAACCAACAAAACCAUCUGACCUUGUAAACUGUUUACUGUACUUAUCUAUCUUGAUUGAUUGCCCUCACAUAUAUUGCUAUCACAUUGAAAAUAACCCGAAAAAACAUUAUUUAUCAAAAAAUCAUCAAUUUUCAGGAAUCGGUGUUGAUCAAUACGGCAACACUUUCGAAGGAACCCCAGACAAUGGAAUCUAUUUGUUCUGUAAUGGACAUGGAUGCCCAGGACGCGGUUAG